AUGAACAAGGAAACCGGAGCGAUGGACGGGCGAGCUUCGCUCCCAACACCAUCUCCGCCGGCGUCCAAACAGCGAAGUCUACCGAAUUCGGCAAGGUCAACACCAGCACCCACACAGUACGAGUGCCGAAGAAUGUUUGAUUCCCGGGCAUCUAUCGUGCUCAUUGGCAUGCAUGGCACAGGCAAAGCAACAUUGGCAAUGAUGGCUUCAGUAGCCUGCCAGCGAAGGGUCAUCGACAUGGAGAGUGUCUUCCACACCGCAACAGGCUUCUCGACCGCUGCGUAUCGCAAACAGUUCGGAUCUUCGAACCGUGGCCUUCGGCAGGAGGAGAUCCUACGCGACACACUACAAAACCACAGCAGAGGCGCCAUUAUCGUCUGCAACGGAGGAUUUCCGCUGGAUAGCAGUAGCCAAGCUCUACUGCAUGAAUUCUCUGCAUCGCACCCAGUGAUACACAUUACACGAGACGUGCGCAGUGUACGCGAAUACUUAGACACGGACGAAUCCAAAGUUCGAGAGUUGCUUGCUCUCAGCACUCCGGUUUUCCGGCGAUGCUCGAACUACGAGUUCUACAACAUAUCCGAAACGAACGCAGCCCACCUCUCGGUUGCACCUGCACAUCAGCCCUCUGUGCCAGCAUUCCUGACGCUAAAACGAGCGGAAAGAACAUUCUUCAAGUUUUUGGCACUUAUCCUAUCUCCCACGAAUACCCGCAGAAAGAUCAAGAGUGACGCGCCCACGCUCGACCCUGGUCACUUCCCUUUAUCGUAUGUCGAUUUGGAGCUUAGAAAUUACACAUGCGCCGUUCAGGUUGAACUAUCAGAUCUUACGCCUGAAGAAGUCGACAUUGAAGAGCUGGAAUUUGGCUGUGACGCAUUCGAGAUAGUCGUUGAACCCGCACAGCUUACAGCGGAUCACGCGGAGAACAUAAGCAAGAGUAUAUUCAGAGUGCGGAGGAGUACCGUGACUCCGAUAAUGUUUCACACGAUGCCGCCUUCAGCACAUUCAAGCCAUUCCACAACGUCCUACCUGGCAAACUUGUGGUACGGUCUACGAAUGGCACCUGAGUUCGCCACUGUAGAUCUUACCAUGGACGAGGAACUGAUCCGCGCAAUCGUUGCGUCGAGGGGCUCAACCAAGAUAAUAGGCCAUCUUCACGCAGCCAUGGACUGGUACGAUGUAUUCUGGCUCGAAAAAUACGAUACAGCAAUGCGAUUGGGCUGCAGCCUGGUACGCUUUACCAGGCCAGCGAACUUCAUGGACGAUAACGCCGCCAUUCAGUCAUUCCGCAACACUAUAUACGCCAAGUCACCGAGAAUACCCAUAAUAUGUUAUAACACCGGACGCGCUGGCCGCCGUUCUGCUUGCUUCAACCAGGUUCUGACUCCUGUAAUACCAGAAAAGCUACGAAAGAGCGCAGAUUUUGAGACCAGAGCACAAAGAAACCCAGAAACUUCAUGGCUUACUGUGACAGAAGCUACACAUAUCCUAUAUGCUUCAUUUACAUACGACCCUAUGGAGUUUUACAUCAUCGGUGCCGCAGCGGGAUACAGUCUUAGCCCAGCUAUGCACAAUGCGGCAUAUCGAGCGUGUGGUAUGCCUCACCACUUUGACCGCCUCCAAACUGCGACACUGGACGAAAACAUACGGGAGCUGAUACGACGGCCAAACUUUGGCGGCACUGCAGUCAGCCAGCCAUUCAAAGUGGAUGCGGUUGUUCUCUCACACUCGCUAAGUCGUCACGCUCGAGCGAUUGGAGCAGUCAACACGCUUCUCCCAAUUCGUCACCUCAACGACGAUGGCAGCAUUCCCGAUGCGGAUGGGGUUGAGCUCUACCAGGAACGGAACCAAUCCGGACCUGUCAAAGCGCUAUUUGGCGACAACACAGAUUGGAUAGGCAUCCGAUCUUGCAUACGAAGAGGUCUGUCUCCCGCUAAUGCUGUGCGGCCAACGACCACUUCCAGCCUGGUCAUUGGGUCAGGAGGUAUGGCUAGGGCGGCAAUCUAUGCCAUGCUACAGCUUGGCAUCAAGAACAUCGUGAUCUUCAACCGAACAAUCACGAACGCACAAAAGCUAGUCAGCUACUUCUCCGCAUUAGCUGCAAGCCCAUCGGCGGCGAAGCUCUUCCCAUCGUUCGUCCAGGGAUCUCAACCCACGUUUCGCAUACUUGAGUCAAGGACCGAUCCCUGGCCAAAAGAUCUCCGCGCACCGACAGUCAUUGUAUCAUGCAUACCUACGCAUCCCGUAGGUGACGAACCAUCGCCUGACUUUACGCUACCCACUCAAUGGAUGCAGUCUCCCUCUGGAGGUGUAGUGAUAGAACUAGCUUACCGAACGCUCAAUACGCCACUGACAAGACAAGUUCGCGAAGAAGCGUCAGCAUCAUGGAUCUGUUUGGAUGGCCUUGAUCUGUUGCCUGAACAAGGUUUCGCUCAAUUCGAACUUUUCACAGGCAAGAGAGCUCCACGCAGGAUUAUGCGCGAAGAAGUGUUGAAAUGCUGGACCGACGAACAAGGACACUCGAAUCCUAACAUGGUCCGCACGCGGCUAGAAGCAAUGGAUGAGCAAGAGCCUUGA